CUUGUUACAGCCAGAACAGAGCAUUAGGAGACCAGCCGAAUUUGAGUGUUCCUCCAUGCUGAACUGAAUGGCUUGCCACUGACAUAUUUUAUGAAUUGAAACUUGGAAUUUACUACAGUCACUUGCCUGGGAGAUUAGUAACAACAUUUCUGACUAUUCAACAGUAAUUAUGGUGUGCAAAGGGGGACUGGUACUAAUCAUUAUUUACAUAUCUAUUCACUGUUUUGAAAAUAAAGAAAUUAUUUCGAAAUCAGUACAUCCUGGAAAUCAUAUAACAGAUACUCCUCCAUCAAAAACAUCUGUGAAGAUACCUAGAAUUUCAACUAUACGAAGACUCUUUGAUGUAAAAAGACACAGAAUAAAGAGAUCGUCGGUUUUCCCAGCAGGAGUUAAAGUAUGUCCCCAGGAGUCCUUAAAGCAAGUCCUUGACAGUCAUCUGGCAUACUACAAACUAAGAGUUUGUCAGGAGGCAGUGUGGGAAGCCUAUCGGAUCUUUUUAGAUCGGAUUCCUCAGACAGCUGAGUACCAGAGAUGGGUAGAUGCUUGCCAGCAAGAAUCCUUUUGUAUUUUUGAAAUUGGGAAAAACUUCAGCAGUUCCCAAGAGCAUUCAGAAAUAAUACAGCAGAGAGUGAAAUAUAAGACAUUUACAGAAAGGAAAGAUGAAAUGAUUACAGAAACCACUUUGUCUCCUGCUGUUAUUGAGGAUUCAUCUUUUUCUACAAAUGAUCUGUCCAUGUCGCUUGAAACCUUGAAUGAUACACUUUUAAAUGAAAUCAUCAGUGACACAAAGGAACCUCUAAAGGAGCUUGAGGUAACAAACCUUGUUCCUGAACAGCCAGUGCAGCAGAUUGUGGAAUUCACUGUUACCCUCACUAACCAGGAAUUUACAGAUGAACAAAGAGAUCCCAGUUCACUACAAUACCAAGAAUUAACCAAAAGUUUUCAACUACAGAUGGAAAAGGUGUUUGAAAAACUCCCAGGCUUCAAAGAAAUAUGGGUCGUAGGAUUCCGACAGAAGAAGGAAAAUGAUGGAUCUGAUAGCAUUGUAGUAGGUUAUGCUGUGGUCUUUGAAAGAAGCUUUGACUCUAAAAAUAACAUUGAUGAGACUCCUACUAUCACAUCUAACAAUGUUGAGAAUGGCAGUAUACAAGAGCCAAAAGAAAUGUCAUACACUGUGACAGAACUGCAGAACAUGGUUGCUAUGGCACUGAGGGAUGAUCAGUCUUUACCUGUGGACCUCCACACUCUUUGGUUUGCUGAUGAUCCAGAGAAAUCAUUUGGUCAUUUAGAAACUGAUAAUGAAUCUCUGGUGACCAUACCACCAUCCAAAAUCAAGGGUGAAGCUGUAAAUGCAGAGCAGCCACUGGUUAAUCCUAUUGCAGUGACAACAGAACAAGAUUUCAGCAUUCCUAUGGAUUUUUCAACAGUACAUGUGCCUACAGAAGGCAUAUCAACACUCAGUGCAGAACAAUAUCAGUCAAAUGAGUACCAUCAACUUAUACCAGAAGAUAAUUUUUCAGAUUCUUCAAACAUUAAAAACAAAGAUAUAUCCAUUGAUGAAGCAUAUGAUUCACAUAUCAAUGAAAAUGAUAUCAAUGACCUAGAAACAUUGAAUACAAAUGUAGUCACCACACCAGAUAAUCAGCUGUCUUACAGCCAUUUUACAGAAGCAGAACAUAUAUCUUUUAAUGAAGACGACCUUGUCUUGGUUUAUUCAACAGUCGUACCUCAUAUUGAAAGCUUCACCCUAACUGAACAAUCUGAACAUAACGAUGAAGAAAUCCAAGAGUUUAAUACAAUAAUGUUAAGCAACACAACAGAUAUAGAACUUUUAAAUGUAAAAGACCUCCUAGAAAUAUCUGGUGAUUCUUCACUAUCAAGCACUGAAAAUGCCCAUGGUCAUAUAACUUUGGGCCAGACUGAGGGAGAGUCUUCUGUGGAGACAUAUAUUACUCCUGCUUAUCCUUUUGCCAUGGACAUAAAGAAUAUCACAGAUUUUCCUUUGGUAGACCAUUUGGCUGGAAAAGAUAAGCUACUUAUAUCUGAGAUGGGGCCAUCAGGUGACUAUGAAGAGGACCUAUCAUAUUCUCCUCCCACCUCAACAUAUCCUGCUUCCAUGUUCUCUGAAGACAGCAUCUCACCUACAGUAUCACUUUCUGCUAGUACCAUUAAAACAUCUGCAUACAUAGAUUCAAAUGAUAUACUCUCUACUACACCAAGCAUUGGAAUGCAGUUUGAGGGACCUACCAUAGACAAUCCAAAUAAAAGCUCUCAGCUCACCGCUGCUUAUGAAAUAACAAGCCCACCUGUUGCACCAGUAUCUUCAGAAGUUAGUGAUGAAAAAACACUGACAACUUCACCUCAAAUUAUCAUACCAAAUAGUUCUGAAAAUAAUCAGCAUAUUACAUCUGCAUACCUUCAAGGUGACAUGGCAACUCCACCAGUGACAUUCACAGACAUUUAUAACACUAAUGAUCCUGAUGCCAUUGAACUGGGUUUCCUAACACCAGUUCUAACAGACCACAGAAGUGAAACUACCCUUGCAUCAGAAAACCUAGUAUUUGAAGUUACAACUGGGGUUGACAAAGCUACUAUAAGAAGUACAGAUGAAAAUGAAUAUAGUACUGAAGAUAUAUCUGGUGAUGGCAGCCUCUUUAGUUUGACCUCAGAAUCAUCUGCCUUGGAGCAUUCAACAACUGGCUCUGAUGCUACAGUCAACAAAGGCAAUGAACUUGUGGUGUUCUUCAGCCUUCGAGUAACAAACAUGCCCUUUUCUGACGAUCUAUUCAAUAAAAGUUCCCCAGAAUAUAAGGCACUAGAACAACAAUUUUUAUACCUGUUGCUCCCAUAUCUUCAAUCAAAUCUAACAGGAUUUAAGGAAAUCGAAAUCCUGAACUUCAAAAAGGGAAGUGUGAUUGUGAACAGCAAGUUGAAGUUUGCUAAAUCCGUGCCCUACAAUGUGACAAAAGCUGUUCAGUGUGUGCUGGAAGAUUUUUGCAAUGCGGUGCAGCUCCUCAAUUUAAAGAUUGAUAGUCACUCACUUGACAUUGAACCUGCCGACCAUGCAGAUGCAUGCAAAUUUAUGGCAUGUGACGAAUUUUCAGAAUGCUCAAUAAACUCCAGGACAAAAGAGGCAGCCUGCCUGUGUAAAGCUGGUUACAAAAGCCUUGAUGGGCUACCAUGCCAAAGUGUUUGUGAGCUGGAACCAAACUAUUGUGCUGAUGGACAGACCUGCGAAAUUGUCAAGGGGCAAGGAGCAGUUUGUAGGUCACCAGAAAUUUCCUUUGAACCAAAACUGAAAACUGGAGUAUGAAAUUUUCUUUCACAGAUUGACCUCCCAGAACAAAGGAAGUUAACAAGAUCUUUUGAGAAGAGAUAUAUAUUUUUUGAUGUUGUUGUUUAUUUUGUCUGAGAGAAUGACACAUAUCUCAUUUAUUCCCCUGUACAAAUGGUAUACCAAUUCAUACAUAAAGAAUAAACAUCUCAAAAAAG